CGCGAGCGCGUGCGCGAGUAUGCGCGCUCCUGAGUGUAUCUGGCUGGGUUAGUGGGGUUGGCUGGGGCGGGCAGUAAAUAAAGGGUGGGGCCAAGAGGGGAGGAGGGAAAGCCGGACUGUGAAAGAAGCAAAAGCACGGGUUGUAUCACAGUAAACCUGCUGGAGCUCAUCCUGUUUGGUCAGAGCGCUGCACCAACUCCCCCAGUUCCCUCUCUCCUUGGGUGUCUUCUUCCCUCCUUUUCUCUCUUUUCCUCACUGCACCCUGAACCCUCUACCCACUCCCCCAACCAUCACUUCUGCAUCUGACCAGAGGACGAAUGAGUGAGACGUUCCAGCAAAUCGAGGUAGCAACUUUCCUCAGCUGGUCUCUGGGCUCCAGGAGCGAAAUCCUGCUGAAUCUUGGAGGUAUGCAGCCCAUGGAGGAGGAGGAGGACGAGCAGUGAUGGGCUAACGACCCGUGCAAGAAGCCCCAAGCAGCUCAGUCUCCAAAGCCCGCUUCACGCUUGUUCCCUCCACCUCGCUCUCCUGAGAGCAGAGAGCGCGCGGCGGUGUGCAGACUCGGAACAUCCAGGGAGGAUGAGGCGGGGACCCAGCCCAAGUUGGGUGCAUCUUGCGGGCGUGAGGCCACGACUGUGUUUCGGCAUGAAUUAAGAAGCUUGAAAGAUGGAGCGCGGCACAGUUCUCAUCCAACCCGGGCUCUGGACCAGGGACACCAGCUGGACACUCCUCUAUUUCCUGUGCUACAUCCUCCCUCAGACCUCCCCUCAAGUGCUCAGGAUCGGAGGGAUUUUUGAAACUGUGGAAAAUGAACCUGUUAAUGUUGAAGAAUUAGCUUUCAAGUUUGCAGUCACCAGUAUUAACCGAAACCGAACCUUGAUGCCCAAUACCACAUUAACCUAUGACAUCCAGAGAAUUAAUCUUUUUGAUAGUUUUGAAGCCUCCCGAAGAGCAUGCGACCAGCUGGCUCUUGGGGUGGCUGCCCUCUUCGGUCCUUCCCACAGCUCCUCCGUCAGUGCUGUACAGUCUAUUUGCAAUGCUCUGGAAGUUCCACACAUUCAGACUCGCUGGAAGCACCCUUCUGUGGACAACAGAGACUUAUUUUACAUCAACCUCUACCCAGAUUAUGCAGCUAUCAGCAGGGCAGUCCUGGAUCUGGUCCUCUAUUACAACUGGAAAACAGUGACGGUGGUGUACGAAGACAGCACAGGUCUAAUUCGUCUGCAAGAGCUCAUCAAAGCUCCCUCCAGAUACAACAUCAAAAUCAAAAUCCGCCAGCUUCCCUCUGGCAAUAAGGAUGCCAAACCUCUGCUCAAGGAGAUGAAGAAAGGCAAGGAGUUCUAUGUGAUAUUUGAUUGUUCGCACGAAACGGCUGCCGAAAUUCUUAAGCAGAUCUUGUUCAUGGGCAUGAUGACUGAAUACUAUCACUACUUCUUCACAACCCUGGACUUGUUUGCUUUAGACCUGGAACUUUAUAGAUACAGUGGUGUAAAUAUGACUGGAUUUCGGUUGCUGAAUAUUGACAACCCUCACGUGUCAUCCAUCAUUGAGAAGUGGUCCAUGGAGAGACUGCAGGCUCCACCCAGACCUGAGACUGGUCUCCUGGACGGCAUGAUGACAACUGAAGCAGCUCUGAUGUACGAUGCUGUGUACAUGGUAGCCAUUGCCUCCCACCGUGCCUCUCAGCUGACCGUCAGUUCCCUGCAGUGCCAUCGACAUAAGCCAUGGCGCCUUGGACCCAGAUUUAUGAACCUCAUCAAAGAGGCACGGUGGGAUGGCUUGACUGGGCGGAUCACCUUCAAUAAGACGGAUGGCUUGAGAAAGGAUUUUGACCUGGACAUUAUCAGUCUCAAAGAGGAAGGAACUGAAAAGGCCUCUGGUGAAGUGUCUAAGCACUUGUAUAAAGUGUGGAAGAAGAUUGGGAUUUGGAACUCCAACAGUGGGCUGAACAUGACGGAUGGCAACAGAGACAGGUCCAACAAUAUCACAGAUUCGCUGGCUAACCGAACGCUCAUUGUCACCACUAUUCUGGAAGAGCCCUACGUGAUGUACAGGAAAUCCGAUAAACCCCUGUACGGAAAUGACAGAUUUGAAGGAUAUUGCCUGGAUCUGCUGAAAGAACUGUCAAAUAUACUGGGUUUCCUUUAUGAUGUUAAACUGGUUCCUGACGGCAAAUAUGGAGCCCAGAACGACAAAGGGGAGUGGAACGGGAUGGUUAAGGAACUCAUCGACCACAGAGCCGACCUUGCAGUGGCCCCUCUCACCAUCACGUAUGUACGGGAGAAAGUCAUUGACUUCUCCAAGCCUUUCAUGACUCUGGGCAUUAGCAUCCUUUACCGGAAGCCCAAUGGAACCAAUCCGGGCGUCUUCUCCUUCCUCAACCCCCUGUCUCCAGACAUCUGGAUGUAUGUGCUCCUCGCCUGCCUAGGAGUCAGUUGUGUGCUCUUUGUGAUUGCAAGGUUCACACCCUACGAGUGGUAUAACCCCCACCCGUGCAACCCUGACUCAGACGUGGUGGAAAACAAUUUCACUUUGCUAAAUAGUUUCUGGUUUGGCGUUGGAGCUCUCAUGCAGCAAGGAUCGGAGCUGAUGCCCAAGGCUCUAUCGACCAGAAUAGUUGGUGGGAUAUGGUGGUUUUUCACCCUCAUCAUCAUUUCGUCCUACACUGCCAACCUGGCUGCCUUCUUGACAGUAGAGAGGAUGGAGUCUCCCAUCGAUUCCGCAGACGACCUGGCCAAGCAAACCAAGAUAGAAUAUGGGGCAGUCAGAGAUGGCUCAACAAUGACCUUCUUCAAGAAAUCAAAAAUCUCCACAUAUGAGAAAAUGUGGGCUUUCAUGAGCAGUAGACAGCAGAGCGCCCUGGUUAAAAACAGCGAUGAGGGAAUCCAAAGGGUGCUCACCACUGACUACGCCCUGCUGAUGGAGUCUACCAGCAUUGAGUAUGUGACACAGAGGAACUGCAACCUCACUCAGAUCGGGGGCCUCAUAGACUCCAAAGGCUAUGGAGUGGGGACGCCUAUCGGCUCCCCUUACCGGGAUAAAAUCACCAUUGCUAUUCUUCAACUACAAGAAGAAGGGAAGCUUCAUAUGAUGAAAGAGAAAUGGUGGAGGGGAAAUGGCUGCCCUGAAGAAGACAGUAAAGAAGCCAGUGCUCUGGGAGUGGAAAAUAUUGGGGGCAUCUUCAUUGUCCUGGCUGCGGGACUCGUCCUUUCUGUGUUUGUAGCCAUUGGAGAAUUUUUAUACAAAUCACGGAAGAACAAUGACAUUGAGCAGAAAGGAAAGUCAUCAAGACUUAGAUUUUAUUUUAGGAACAAAGUAAGGUUUCAUGGGAGCAAAACAGAAAGCCUUGGUGUAGAGAAGUGUCUCUCUUUCAAUGCCAUCAUGGAAGAGCUGGGAAUCUCACUCAAGAAUCAGAAAAAGUUAAAGAAAAAGUCAAGAACUAAGGGCAAAUCUUCUUUCACAAGUAUCCUUACUUGUCAUCAGAGACGAACUCAGAGAAAAGAGACUGUGGCGUGACCCAAGAACACAGCUGUAAAGAAGAAAAAGGCCACGCCCAUGACACAUGUUUGGAGGACAGAUUUCUAAGGAAUAUGAGACAUGUCUCCACAUAUCUUUAUCCAUAACUCCAGUCAUGGAUGGAGGAAGAAGAAAUGCACAAUUUUUAAAGCUCACAUAGAUAUUACUUGAGGAGUAAAACUGAUUCUUUUCAGAUGAA